GUAGGGGCGUGGCUAACCCACGCGGUGCCGUGCUGGACGGAAUGGCAGAAAAUACCGAAGGCUCGGUGGAUAGUAACUCUUCCAAGACGGACAAGACACCUGAGUUUAGGUUCUCUCGUGCUCCAUCACUAGAAGACAUUCGCGUGAUGCAGUCCAGAUUUGCUGCCGAGCGGGACUGGGAACAAUUUCAUACCCCCCGCAACCUCCUACUUGCACUGGUAGGUGAGGUGGGAGAGCUCUCUGAGAUUUUGUAAGUCUUUCUCCAAGUUUUUAACCCUCGGUGCAAAACAAAACACACACAUACUCCAGCAUAUCUAUUAAUGGUACACUAUGCGCAGUGUGUCUAGGGUUUGCACUUUGGUGCUUCUCAUUUUUUAAAAGUGACCUGUGAAUUUUGAUUUCUGUAGCCAGUGGAGAGGAGAGGUAGAGUCUGGUCUUACAGGUACUGGUGGAGUGAGGCAGAGAGAGAGCAUGUUGGUCAGGAAAUGAGUGACAUUCUCAUCUACCUGGUGAGGCUGGCUGAGAUGUGCAGGGUCGACCUGCCGUCUGCCGUCACAAGAAAGUUUGCUCUGAAUGCCCAGAAAUACCCCGCAGAGAAAGCUUUCGGCUCCAUGAGAAAGUACACCGCUUAUCAAGCCCAAAAUAGCAACAAUUGACCAUUACAUCAUCCCAGUACAUACACAAUUUCAGUUCAUUACAUGAUUAUGACAUUUUUCAUCAAUGAAUCAAUUAUACUGAUCAACAAAAUCGAAACAAUGUAACACAGCAUGUAUAACAAGAACACGAUCAGUAAAUCACAAAAAAACGUGCAUGACGGUGAAAUGGAAAAUUGCUACACACAGGAGUGCGCAUUGAUUCGUGAUCUACUCGAGUUCUUGAUUUCUGAGCCAGUAGUUGCAGGAGAUGGUGACGCACAUGUAGACGGGUGUGAUGACGUAGAGGACAUACUGGAGAAUGAGGAAUAUGAUAGCUCCCACGUAGACCCCCUCCUGGCAGUAGUCGCUGCAGUCUGGGUCAUCUCGGGGACACUCGAACGGAGGUUUGCCAUCAAACGUCCAGAAGGAGCCCAGAAUGACUACUAUCACAUUGAUGGCUAGUAUGACGUAGAACACCACCUGCGUACAAAGUUUCAGUUAGGCAUUGCACAGAAAUAUAUAGGUCUGAGAAUACAAGAGACAUAACGGCAUAAUUAUAUAGCAGGAAACUUGGAAAGCAGAGAGGGUGGGCUCUACGCAGUGAGGCGUAUAAUACUGGUACUGGAGCGAAUGCAACGCACAUUUUUUUGGUGAGAAGUUAUGAUCGUGGUAAUUCCAGUAAUUACGUAUAUUAAGAGUUACGGGUCCGACAGUACAUACGCUCCUCCUUGUCGAAUACAGGAAAAUCGCACAUUCAGAUGACUAUACAGGCUAGCCAA